AUGCAAGGCAAUUUUAUUUUUUCUGCCCCGACUUCCCGCCCCCGCCUGGACCAAUGGACAAGCGGGAGCUUCGGAGGUCAUGGAUCGAAGAUAGAUGUUCGAAAGACUAGGACAUCUGACGCUUUUUACACUGGCACCCUUGAAAUAGAACGGUUUCUAUAUCAUCUGAAGAACGAACCGGAGAACGGAACGUGGUACGGAGUGCCAUAUCACCUUCAGAAAGACAACCAAUACACCUGGAAUACUUCACAAAUCACGUUGAUACUAGACACCAUGGCCUCGCAAACUGCAGUCACAGCGCGCAGCGCCUACCGACAGAUUCUCCGUGCUACCCGCAUCGCCUUCCAAGACGACUUCCGUGUUCUGGUCGCCGCUCGCCAGGAAGCUCGUCGCCAGUUUGACGAACACCGCCGCGAGGGGAUUGACACGCCAAUGCAGAUUAACCAUGCCAAAGAGGUUGCCGCCAUUCUACGACACAACAUUGUACAGGGCGUGAGGGAUAGUAACGACGAGAAUGGCAAGUGGGAGCUACGCAUUCACGACGAUAUCGAGCGUGGGGACAAUGAUUCCAUCAGGGUUGGGGGGAAGAAGGUCAAGGUUGACAAGCCGUGCUCCGCAUGA